CCCACCCAGAGCUCUAUAGAAGAGGAGAGGGGCGAACCGGAGCCACUCAGCCGCCAUCUCGCCGCACCACCGACUGCCUGCCCGCCUGCGUGCGUCCCCUCCCCACGCCGCUCCUGCUCGCCGCCGCCCGCUGCUCUCGCCAUUUCAGCUCCAGCGCUCGCCGCCGCCGCAGCGCCUCUCCUUCCCAGCGAGCUUCCUCCGCCCGCCUGCCGGCUGCCUUCCAGAUGAGAAGCGGCGCAACCGGGGCCGCGGAAGUGUGGUCGGCGUGAGGCUUCGUCGGAGUCAGUGAACGCGCCGAGAAGGAUCCUGGAGAUCAAGCGCAUGGGUUCCUUGGAGGCCCGGUACCGGCCGGCCGGGGCAGCUGAGGACACAGCUAAGAGGAGGACUCAGAAAAGCAAGAGUUUCAAAGAGGUUGAAAAAUUUGAUGUUUUUGUACUGGAGAAAAGCUCGGGAUGCAAAUUCCGAUCCUUGCAACUUUUGCUCUUCGCUAUCAUGUCUGCUGCAUUUUUAACGCUCCUAUACACGCCGUCUGUGUAUGAACAUCAGCUGCAGUCAAGCUCUCGACUUGUCAAUGGGUGGAUAUGGGAUAAGAGAAGUUCCGAUCCCCGAUAUGUAUCUUCUGCCAGCAUUCAAUGGGAGGAUGUAUAUAAAAGUAUCCAAAAUCUGAAUGGUGGUGAACAAAAGCUCAAAGUUGCACUCCUAAAUUUUAACAGAACGGAGUUUGGCACUUGGACAGAUAUGCUCCCAAAAAGUGAUUUUUCAGUCAUAAGACUAGAGCAUGCCAAUGAAACCAUUACCUGGCAGACUCUCUAUCCUGAAUGGAUAGAUGAGGAGGAAGAAACAGAGAUACCAUCUUGCCCCUCGCUUCCAGAUCCAAAUUUUCCGAGAUCAACACACUUUGAUGUUGUUGCUGUUAAGCUUCCCUGUACUCGUGUGGCAGGUUGGUCAAGAGAUGUUGCACGGUUGCAUUUGCAGUUAUCAGCAGCUAAAAUAGCAGCGAGCACGGCAAGAGGCAAUGGUGGAGUCCAUGUGCUGUUCAUGACUGAUUGCUUCCCGAUUCCAAAUCUCUUCUCUUGCAAGAACCUGGUGAAACGUGAAGGCAAUGCUUGGCUGUACAAACCUGAUGUGAAGGCUCUACAAGAGAAGCUCAGGUUACCUGUUGGUUCCUGUGAGCUUGCUGUUCCACUGAACGCAAAAGCGCGACUUUAUACAGUGGACAGACGCAGAGAAGCAUAUGCUACAAUACUGCAUUCAGCAAGUGAAUAUGUUUGUGGUGCCAUCACGGCGGCUCAAAGCAUUCGCCAAGCAGGAUCUACAAGAGACCUUGUUAUUCUUGUUGAUGAGACCAUAAGUGAUCACCACCGCAAGGGGCUGGAAUCUGCGGGGUGGAAGGUCAGAAUAAUACAGAGGAUCCGGAAUCCUAAGGCUGAACGUGAUGCCUACAAUGAAUGGAACUACAGCAAAUUCCGGCUAUGGCAGCUUACAGAUUAUGACAAGGUUAUAUUCAUUGAUGCUGACCUCCUUAUCCUGAGGAAUAUUGAUUUCUUGUUUGCAAUGCCAGAAAUCACUGCAACUGGCAACAAUGCAACACUGUUCAACUCCGGAGUGAUGGUCAUUGAGCCCUCCAACUGCACGUUCCAGUUACUGAUGGAGCACAUCAAUGAGAUAACAUCAUACAAUGGUGGUGACCAGGGCUACCUGAAUGAGAUAUUCACAUGGUGGCAUCGCAUUCCAAAACACAUGAACUUCUUGAAACAUUUCUGGGAGGGUGAUGAAGAGGCAGUGAAGGCGAAGAAGACUAGGUUGUUUGGGGCUAACCCGCCAAUCCUCUAUGUCCUUCACUACUUGGGCCGGAAGCCAUGGUUGUGCUUCCGGGACUACGACUGCAACUGGAAUGUUGAAAUUCUGCGGGAGUUUGCGAGUGAUGUUGCGCAUGCUCGCUGGUGGAAGGUGCACAACAAGAUGCCCAAGAAGCUUCAGAGCUAUUGCCUUCUGAGGUCAAGGCUGAAGGCCGGGUUGGAGUGGGAGAGGCGGCAGGCUGAGAAAGCAAACUUCACUGACGGGCACUGGAAACGGAACAUAACUGAUCCAAGGCUGAAAACCUGCUUUGAGAAGUUCUGCUUCUGGGAGAGCAUGCUGUGGCAUUGGGGUGAGAACAAGACCAACUCGACGAAGAACAAUGUGGCGCUUGCACCGCCUACCGCGAGCCUGUCGAGCUCAUGAGAUCUGUAGAUAGCUUUGUUGAGAGAGUAGUAUACCCAGAUACAAAACUUCUGAAGCUCCAUACAUACAUAGCAACAGCUUUGUAAAGGUAGCUAUGUAGGCCUCUUCCCGAAUGACUCUAUACCUCUGUUGGCCAUCACUGCCCCAGCGCCCUCCCGCUGCUUUUUUGAUGGCUGGCAAAUUUUUUUGGUUUCUUCUGCUAAUAAUUCAUCAGUAUAGGCUGUUUUCCUUUCUGGCUUAGAGUCCUGUCCGGGGUCUGUUGCUUCAUGUUCCAUCGGCUACUGCUGUACUGCAGUACGCCUGGUUUGUUGAUGUAUGGUGGUUGAACAGUUUCAGUGAUCAAUCUGGAGUGAUGCAACAUGAGAUUGCUGACCAGCAAACACUGCGUCAUUUUGUGAUGAAUAUGAUGCAUGUCACUUUUCAUGC